AAGGAAUUUGUGUUCUCUGUGUGGGAAACGCAGAUGUGAAAAAAUCUUAUCAGAUUCAAGAAUAAAGGAUCAGAAAAAUCCAAAAUCACCCUCUUUUGGGGACUGUCUGCGGCUUUUCUUCAAGGACCGAGCCAGGAUGGAGCCUCAGGCACCACACAAGGACUCUUACGCUGAACUGACUGAGAAGAGACUGAGAGAACUGGCAUCUAAGUGGUUCGUAGAGACUCAAGUGCCUCUCAUUGUCCACAAUGGCUUCUUUCCUUCUUGGUUCCUGGGUUUCAUCACUAGAGAAGAUGCUGAAGAAAUACUCAGAGAAAAGAAGCUGGGCUAUUUCCUGGUGCGUCUCAGUGCCAAAGCCAUCGGGUACAUACUGUCAUAUAAAGGCAGGGAUCGAUGUCGACACUUUGUGAUCAACCAAACAGAAAAUGGGCAGUUUGUCGUCUAUGGAGACGACGAGCUACACGACACGGUGCCCGAUCUAAUAGAAUACUACAAGACAAACCCAAUUGAGCCGUUCAGAGAAUAUCUGACAUCGUCAUGCUUUGAGGUAAUGACUGAAGAGCUGUAUGACACCAUCCACAUCAGCCCUAAAGAAAAAACUGUGGAAACAAAACGUGCGUCACCUCAAACACAGCCACCAAGGAGCGACAUGGAAGAGGAAGUGCCACCAUUGCCUCAGAGAAGCAGACACCUUGACAUUGGGCCCCCACAUGACCAGGACAGGCUUUUAUAUGCUCAGCUCAACAAGCAAUCACCCAGAGAGUCUCCAAGAACCCAAAACUGUCAACGCCAUUUACCUGAAGACAAUGUGGAGAGGGCUGACAGAUCCACUGCAAGGGACCACAGUGUCAGUCGUGGUAGUACUCCAUCUAGACCGGACGUGAGCCCCGAUGUGGAGCACCACUACCGACUGAAUGUGCCCCCCCAAACUCCACCGAGACUUUCCCCCAAGCCCAUCAGACAACCCACGAGCAGCAACCCGUGGUCACAGAAGACAGCACCCAGCAGUCUGAACUACAUGGGUGACAGUGCUGUCUAUUACCUGGCUGGAAGCCCACACACUGCACUGUCUGAGAGUAGCUCGCUGCCGUUAGAGCAGCAAAGUGAUUUAGUGUACGACGAGGUCCCCAGUGAAGCCAUCAUCUCUCAAGAAGACAUAUACGAGAUGAUUCCUGGCAGUGAAAGUUCAGUUCAUCCCAAACUCAUCAGCAACACGUAUGAGCUUUUGGAGGACGUCAGACCCAAGGUGGUAAAGAACGAUAAAUGGAAAUGGCUUUUCCCUGACGCCAAGAGGAAAUGGUGAAGAGGUUGAACUGCCUGAGGGAAACAAUUACUAAUUCUACUUUGACACUACUGGGCUUCCAGGAUGCAUUCAGUGAAAUAGAUAUUUAAAUAUCAUCUUUUGUAUUUUUGCUUGUUAAAUCUAUUUAUUUAAAAAUGAUGAGGCAUUUACUUUUUACAGACGUAAACCAAGGCACUAAAACAUAAUGUACAAUCUUUACUGACAUUUUGCUAAACAUUUCAUGACAUUAAAUAACGAUUCCCAGAG